AUGUUGUCAAUAACGCUUGCUAUCAUCGUCCUUUUUUUAACUGUUGUGUAUUUUUAUUUUAAAUCAGUCUAUUUUACAUUACGUGGUCCAAUACCUGGUAUUCCACCACAAUUUCUGUUCGGUAACUUACUUCAAGCUGGAAUAAUUUCACGAAAAUCAGUACAGCUACCAGAUGUUUUUACACAAUUCCAUGCUAGAUUUGGGGACGUCUAUCAGUUUUGGUAUGGUUCCAUGCGUUUAAUAAUGAUUAAUAGUCUUGAAGAUGCACAACAUAUAUUUUCUAAUAGACAUAUUUAUGAUCAAGGAGAUAUUUUUACUGAAAAUAUGAAAUUAAUGAAUCCAAAUGGAAUUAUUUGCUUGAAAGGUGCUCAAUAUAAACGACAUGCUAGUGUUAUAAGUUCAUUAUUUCGUCGUGGAAAAAUUCUUGUUCAUUUGGACACAAUUAUUGAUUGUACAGAUAAAUUAUUAGAUAGAUGGCGUAUUCAUUAUAAUGAUCCAACCAAAAUUCAUUUGAAUAUGAUAGAACAAUCACAACAAUUAUUAUUAGCUAUAUUUGGUUUCAUUGCUUUUAAUUAUGAUCUAGAAACACUUGAUGACAAUUCAGAAGAUAGUAAAAAUGAAUUGACUCAAGCAUUUUAUUCAUUAUUAAAUACAAUGCAAAUAGUAUUUCAGUUACCAAAAUUUUUGGGACGAGUCUUUCUCUUUUUAAAUUUUAAAGCCCGACGAGCACGAACAAUUAUUGAUCGAUAUCUAGAAAAAAUGAUCGAACAAGAAUUAAAUACAACAAUUAAUAUGAGAAUAGAACGUAAACGAACAUGUUUUAUUGCGUCACUAGUUACUUCUCUACAAGAAGAUGAAAAACUUGAAGCAACUAAACCGGAAGAAGAAAAAAAAGGACUUUCACGAAUAGAAGUCAUGCAUGAAAUGCUUGCAUUUCUUUCUGCCGGUUAUGGCACAACAUCAACAGCACUUUCUUGGUUUAUUCAUUUUAUGAGUAAAAAUCCAGAAGUACAAAAGAAAAUAAAACAAGAACUUUCAGAAUAUAAUGGUCAACGUCUUUCAAUCGAACAGACUGAUUCACUUAUUUAUUUAGAUUGUGUUCUUCGUGAAGUAUUUCGUUUAGCAGGGCCAGUAUCAGGCACUGUUCGAACAUUAACUACUGAUGAUCAAUUACCUAAAAGUGGAUUUCAAUUAAAAAAAGGAGAAUCAGUUAUGAUUUCAUUCUAUGCUUUAGCAAGAGAUAAACGUUAUUGGGCCGACUUAUAUGAUCUAAAUGAAUUUCAUCCUGAAAGAUAUUUAAAUGAUCCAGAUCAUAAAAAUAAUCUAUCAGCAUUAAUGGUAUUUGGUGGUGGACAUAGACAAUGCAUAGGUCAAGAUUUAGCUCGAUUUGAAUUAAAAGUUAUUUGUGCUAGACUUAUGCAAUUUGUUACAUUUGGUGAUGGUGGUCCUGAACUUAAUGCUGGAGGAUAUGAUGUUACGGAUACGGUUAAACCAAAAAAACUUGCUGUCACUAUAACCUUUGAUUAA